AUGAACUCCUCAACUCUCUCUUCAUCAAUGUCUACUUUUAAUAAACAGCUCGUUCCUCGCUCUUGCUCCUCUUCCGCAACUACGUCGUUCUGCAGGGCUUUUGGUAACGGUUACAACUAUAGAUCCAUUACUCCUGGUGUGACUAGGUCAGAUUCAAUGUAUUCCAAAGGAGGUUACAGAAGUCGGUCACCGGUUGGUUUUCCGUCUGUGGAUGAGCUUAUUGGAGAGCUGAUUAAUAGUACGCCAAGAUCGGGAGGAGGCACCGUCUUAAAAGAUCAAGAUGUGAUUAGGAUUGUGCUUAAUAUCCGUCCGACAAACACAAGUGCUGCCACUGCACUCGAGGCACAGUUUUUAUCUCAAAUAACACUCAUCUUUUGGGACAUGCUUACUGUCUACAAAAUGUACAGUGAGUUUAUAUCAUCCAACAUUGCUGAAGGAGGGCCUUUUGCUUCUAGAACUUCAUAUGUGAAACUUCUAAGGUCCUUGAAGAGGGAAACACUGAAUCUCAUUGAGACUUUUCUUGAUAAAGCUGAAGAUCAACCACAAAUAGGAAAUCAGUUUGUUCCACCAAUGAUGGAUCCGGUUCUUGGUGAUUACGCUAGAAAUUUACCAGAUGCCCGUGAAUCAGAAGUUUUGUCUCUCUUUGCCACAAUUAUUAACAAGUACAAGGGUGCUAUGAUUGAUGAUGGCCCAUGUAUAUUUGAAGUUGUUUUCUUGUGCACACUAGAGGGUAUAUACGUUGAGGGUAUAAAGGAAGAGGUUGUUUUAUCCCCUGGGCAUGCCCUUUCUUUUAUUGCUGCUGAACAUCGCCAUGUUGCUUCUAAUAAUUUUAAUGUGCUUAGUAGCCGUAGUCACACAAUAUUGACUCUGGUUUUCGGGUUUCGGGUAUUCGGGUUUGAGGUCGGGUCGGGUAAGUUUUGGGUAUGCCCGAAAAUUUAUUAA